AUGACGUUUAUUACUUUUUACUACUUUUUACAAGCCUUAAUUUGGUCUAAUUUCAUUUACUACCUUUUACUACCUUUUACAACCCCGCGGCAACCCUGGGUAUAUAUCUUUGCUCUUGUCUCUAAUCUAACCAUCCUGCUGUUGAUUGUUACUCAUAAGAGUCUCCAUAAACCCAUGUUUUACAUCUUCUUAUGGAUGCCAUUGAAUGACAUGCUUGGAAUAACUGCAAUGUUUCCUCGUAUGCUCAUCGAUAUUGUGACUAAGAGAUACACUGUGUACUACCCGGGCUGUGUCCUUCAGGCAUUUUUCAUCCACAUGUAUGGUGGCGGCACCCUGUUUGUCCUAGCAGCUAUGUCACUGGACCGAUACCUUGCCAUCUGCAAGCCACUGAGGUACCACGCCAUCAUGGGUCCUUUAACAGCAGCAGGGAUAUUGGCAUUAUUUUGGGGCUUAGAGUUUUCCAUUGUUUUCGUCCUCUUCCUGCUUCAGACUAGAGUGCGUAGACGCAGAAAUUUCAUCAUGACGGUGUACUGCAGCAAUGUCUCCCUGCUCAACCUAUCCUGUGGUGAGGACACAACCGUCAAUAACAUCUAUGGUCUUGUGACCACAGCGUUCAUACACGCCUUCGCCAUAAUCAUACAGCUGUUCUCAUACAUCCAAAUCCUCAUGGCGUGCUUCUUCAACAGACAGUCGGACGCCAAAACAAAAGCUCUGAACACAUGCCUAGCCCAGAUGAUCAUAUUUGUCAUUUUCGAGAUGGUAGCCCUGUUUAUUUUAAUUGCAUAUCGGCUGCCCAAUUUGAAUACAGAUGCUAGGAAUGCUUGUGGGAUGAUGUUGUUUCUCAUCAGUCCUGUGGUCAACCCCAUCAUCUAUGGAAUGAAAACAAAGGAUAUAAGAGUGGUGUUCUUUCAAGUGGUUAAAAGGGGCUUCCAUAGGCAAACUAAUGUAAGCUUUUAG